GAUCGUGGCCUGCCUGGCAAACUGGAGCCUGUGUCGCCCGUGAGCCCUGCUCACCCCGACUCCGAGCUGGACCUGCUGCCGGCCCGGCUGUCGAAGGAGGAGCUCAUUCAGAACAUGGACCGCGUGGAUCGUGAGAUCACCAUGGUGGAGCAGCAGAUCUCCAAGCUGAAGAAGAAGCAGCAACAGUUGGAGGAAGAAGCAGCCAAACCACCAGAGCCUGAAAAACCCAUCUCCCCCCCUCCUAUCGAGUCCAAACAUCGCAGCUUGGUGCAGAUCAUCUACGACGAGAACAGGAAGAAGGCAGAAGCUGCCCACCGGAUCCUGGAAGGACUGGGACCUCAGGUGGAGCUGCCAUUAUACAACCAGCCUUCAGACACCAGGCAGUACCAUGAAAACAUUAAAAUAAACCAGGCAAUGCGGAAAAAGUUAAUUUUGUACUUUAAGAGGAGAAAUCAUGCUCGCAAACAAUGGGAACAGAAGUUUUGCCAGCGCUACGACCAGCUGAUGGAGGCCUGGGAAAAAAAAGUGGAGCGCAUCGAAAAUAACCCCCGGCGCCGUGCCAAAGAGAGCAAAGUGCGGGAAUACUAUGAGAAGCAAUUCCCGGAGAUCCGGAAGCAGCGGGAACUGCAAGAGCGCAUGCAGAGCAGGGUAGGACAGAGGGGCAGCGGCGGGCUCUCCAUGUCGGCCGCGCGCAGCGAGCACGAGGUGUCAGAAAUCAUCGAUGGGCUCUCAGAACAAGAGAACCUGGAGAAGCAGAUGCGCCAGCUCGCCGUCAUCCCACCCAUGCUCUACGAUGCUGACCAGCAGCGCAUUAAAUUCAUCAACAUGAACGGCCUCAUGGAUGACCCCAUGAAGGUCUACAAGGACCGGCAGGUGAUGAACAUGUGGAGUGAACAGGAGAAGGAGACUUUCCGGGAAAAGUUCAUGCAGCAUCCAAAGAACUUUGGCCUGAUCGCAUCCUUUCUGGACAGGAAGACGGUGGCAGACUGUGUCCUGUAUUACUACCUGACCAAGAAGAAUGAGAAUUACAAAAACCUUGUGAGAAGGAAUUACCGGCGGCGCGGGAAGAGCCAG